AUGAGCCAGUAUGGAUACCAGCCCCUACUUGAGUCGGUUGGACCGGUAUUGCACCGUCGCCGCAGCGAGUGCCACGUUAUAUCUAUCUUCGCGCUUACACCUACACCAACGGUCCCCGUGGUCAGCAGUGGGACAAUGCGCGCGGUGUGCAGCUGCCCUAUUGUGAGCGAGUAUUAUUCACUGAGCACUGACCGUUGCGAAAUGAUCGACAUAAUGCUCAUUGUACCUAGUAGGAGCGCGUGGGCGACACCUCGCGGUAGCGCGCUGAAGGCACACGUACCUAAUACCCACAGAUAA